GGCCCGCUCCUCGUGCUGCCAGGAGGGUCUCUGCCAUAGCGUGUCGCCAUCGUCGAUCCAGAGCCGGUCCCGGGUCCCCCCCGUGCUGCCCGUCCGCCGCCUGCCCCCACCGGCACCGCCCCUUAGACGCUCAGGAAGUGCACCUGGACAGUCAAACUUUAAUCCCAUCUACAGCCGAAUCCUGUUUUUAAAUCCGUCUGUGGGAACGCUUGCUCCACUUUUCUUUUUUCUGGAUUCACCCGGAAUCUCGGAGGACAUCGGGACGAGGCACGAUGCUGGGCUUGGAUGUGUGUGAGUUUGGUGGUCAGCUUCUCGAGCUGUUCUGGUUAACACUCUGCUACCGAGACAUCAUGGCCGACAAGGAGGCAGAGAAGCACGUGGCCGGGGAGGCAGAGGACGACGAGGUGGACCUGAACUACCAGCCGCCAGCCCAGAAGUCCCUGCAGGAGAUCCAGGAGCUGGACAAGGACGAUGAAAGCCUCAACAAAUACAAGCAAGCUCUGCUGGGAUCUGGCCCUGUGGUGUCUGAUUCCGGCGUGCCCAACGUGCAGGUGACGCGGCUGACGCUGAUGUGUGAGCAGGCCCCCGGACCAAUCACCAUGGAUCUCACAGGUGACCUUGAGGCCCUGAAGAAGCAAAAUUUCAUCCUGAAGGAGGGUGUGGACUACCGGGUCAAGAUCCAUUUCAAGGUGAACAGGGACAUCGUGUCAGGAAUGAAGUACGUGCACCUGAUGUACAGAAAGGGCCUGAGAGUGGACAAGGCCGUGUAUAUGGUGGGCAGCUACGGGCCACGGGUAGAGGAGCACGAGUUCAUGACCCCGGUGGAGGAGGCGCCCAAAGGCUUGCUGGUACGCGGGAGUUACCACAUCAAGUCCUUCUUCACGGACGACGACAAGACCGACCAUCUGUCCUGGGAGUGGAACCUGCAGAUCAAGAAGGACUGGGACUCCAAGGAGUAGGGUGGAGGAUGCCCGCCCCCCCAUCUCAUCCACCUGUGACAGCGGUGUGUGCGUGAAGGCUGUACAAACGGGAAAUCAGGCUGCGUUUUGGGGGGGGGGGGGGGGGGGGGGAAUGCAGAUUGUGGCUUGUGUAGAAAAAUAAUGAUGAUUAAAAAAAGAAAAAGUAUGAAAAAACGUGUGUUGGAAGGGGGAUCAAAAUUAAUUCCAUUAAUUGAAUUUCUUGCACCCGUCGCCUCUGGGCGCUUUGUGCCCUGAAGCUCCCACCUUACUGUUGCGAUACUGUUCCUGCGCUUUACCGUUGUUGCUGCCGUUUGGGACGGUGGCAUCGUCUUGUAGCCGUGCUUGAAUGGACUGAUCAGCGCCUAGAGAUUUUUGGAGCUGCCCCCAGUGCUGGUAAACUGGUUACCUGUAUGCUGAGUAUUCCUGCUACGGGUAACAUAGCCUGAGGUGUCCAUCCUUGUCCGUGGUACGUUCCCCGGUUGAUCCCCGUUUGAUCCCUCUGUUCUUACAGCUUUCAGUACCAUACCCCGCGUCCUUCGCAACAGCGACCCUUAAUUUGAGUGAUGUAUUACUAAUUUCAGAAACGUAAAUAUGAUUCUAAAGAACUGAAAAAGAAAUGAUGAGGGGGGGAAAAAAUUUAAUAAAAUGCACCACAAUCAACCCAUAUUGUCUUGGUAUGUCUACAUAACCGUUCUGAAUUUAAAUCCUGUUGUUUUAUUUCCCCUGUGUCUGUUGUUAGACGUUUUACCUUGAAAACAUUUUUAAACUUGCCAUUCAUGAUCAUGUCAUCCUGGGUGUUUCCUGUUAAUUGACCAAAAUGAAGAUGUAGUCAGAAUGCUUAAUGAUGUCUGCAUAAAAAUUAAAAGAAUGCGUUUAAGAAAUGUACAGAAUGCAUGUAAUACUGGAUGUCUCGCAGAUAAGAUCUCAAACCUUUCUGGUGACCUCAGUGGGCAACAUAAUAUUUUCUUUUUGAAUGUAAGGAAAAAAAUAGCGAAGCAAAGGUUUAUGGGAUAUCCUAAGAUUUUUUUGUUUUUCCAUGUGUAACUAAAACGGUGGUAGUUCAGCUGUCUCACUCGAUUACUGUGGAGUUUAGAUGUACCGUUAUAUUUCAUCGUCACUCAGACACCACAAAAGGAGGCAAAAGUCGAACCUUGGACAGUGUUUGUACAUUUUAAAAGGCUUAGUGUUGGUGGUGUGUAUAUAUACAUCUACACUCCCUUCAACUGAACCAUUGAUUUCGAGUAUCUGUGAUGUCUUGGUACGUGCUGCAUGCAUAGGUUCUCUCCAGUGUUUUUGUACCGUGUUUGCCAAUGGAGUAAAAUAACGAGAGGAAAGUGUGCGGGUUUGGCGACUGUGGCAAUUUCCGGUCUUUGGACUUUAGUGAUAAAUUGCCUUUUCUUUGACGGAGUUCACACGGAGUCCAUGAUGACUGAUUACUGUACCUUCGAGUUUUAGUGUCAAAACUUUUUCAAGCGUCUUGUACCUUUUAAUAAAGCUCAGAUUAAAUAAGCCUUCA